AGUCACCUUAUGUAUCGAAUAAUUUUAGCUAGGUUUGGCAUCUAGUCACCAAACUUGGUAUAUAGGAAGAGUUUAUGGAGACCUUUGAUGGGAUUGCGUUUGAGGCCCCUAGGAUCAAGGUCAAGGUCAAAGUUACUAUUUAUAGAAAAAUGGUGAGUAUUAAAUAACUUAAGUAAGGGUCGACAUUUUGCGACCAAACUUAGUUUAUAUAUAUAUAUAUGAAGAUUUUUCCAGAGACCUUUUAAGAGAUUAUGUUUUGGGCCCCAAGAGUUAUGGUCAAAUGCAAAUUGUUUGGUGUACAUUAAUCCUAUGGGUGAGAACACAUCUAAAUGUGCCAAGUACAAAAAUACUUUUAUUAUGAUAUACCAUCAAUUUCUUGUGUCAGAGUUUAGACCCGUAUGCUUUUGACCUUUGAUACUUUUAAGAUCAAGAGAGCAUCAUGGAGAAACACCAGAGAAAGGGAAUUCAAGACAAAAAACACCAAAGGAUGUGCUUUCAAAGAAAGGUUGCAAAACAUGAAAGAAAAGAAUGAAACCCUAGUGCAGUUCUUGAUGUCUAAGGAAGUCAAGGCCAACCUACUGAUUAUAUGCAAGGCAAACAGGCAAGCAAUCUUUACACUAUCUUCACUGGGUUGUCACAGAGAGCCAAGAGAGCCAUACAACAUAGUGGAUUUGGUCCUAUUGAUGAUGAUGAACAGGUGUGAGGUGCACUAAGGAGGAGAUUGAGGUCAUCAUUCAUAAGGAGUUUCAGAGCUAUCGAAAGGACAUACCAAAGUGAAUCCAUUUCAUGAUUAAUGUCGUAAUUUCCCUUUUUAACGGAGAGUAAAA